UUCCAUUUCCCCCGAAUCCACAUCUCAUCCUGCUCUCGACGUCAUUUGGUCGAGACAGUCAUCUACUAGAGUAUAAAUCCAACUGGAUUAUAUCGCCAUUCGGGCUCCCACAACCCCUAUUCAGCUCUGAAGGUCUUUGUUUACUUUUGCACAUCCCCCACAACCGCGCCCGAUCCAAAAUUCCUGUUUCAGAUAAUUGUGGACAAUUUCAAGAGGGACUUGUAAAGCUCCAGCCACAAUGACUCUCUACUACAGUCUAGUAUUCUGUCUUCUCGUCUUCGAAAUGGGGGUCUUCAUGGCCCUCAUUGUCCCGCUCCCUUUUGUCGUCAAGCGCAAGCUCUUUGCCUUUAUCUCGGAAAGCCCCGUCAUCGCGAAGCUCCAGUACGGCUUGAAGAUUACCUUCAUCUUUAUCCUCAUCCUGUUCAUUGAUAGCGUCAACCGCGUGUACCGCGUGCAGCUGGAGCUGUCCUCUUUCCACAAGGAGUCCAUGGGAGCCGCCGCCCUGGGCACCGAUCGCAUGGAGGUGCAGGCCCGCAAGUUCUACUCGCAGCGCAACAUGUACCUCUGCGGUUUCACACUGUUCCUGUCUCUUAUCCUCAACCGCACCUACACCAUGAUCCUGGAGGUUCUCCGUCUUGAGGACCGCGUCAAGCUCCUCGAGGGCGACAAGAAGGCCGGCGGCAAGGACUCGCGCCGUCUGGCGCAGGCCGGCGAGGUUGGCGAGAUCGGCAGCCUCAAGGACCAGCUGGCUGCUAAGGACCGGGACAUUGAGACUCUAAAGAAGCAGUGCGAGGGUCUCACCCGUGAGUACCACAACCUGGGCGAUAAGGUCUCCGAGAAGUCUGAGGGUACUCCCAAGAAGGAUCUAUAAAUGAUCUCUGACGCGGAUGGUAUUCGGUAUUAUUGAACACCGCAACGUCUGCCGACAAUGCGGUGAUGGAAAGGUUCAGCGUGGAAUCACAGACUGUGAUCCAACGGUGUCGUUUCUCCACGAUUAUACCGGUUUACAAGCUUAUUUCGGACUUUUAUGUAUGGGCACUUGUGCUCAAAAUUCAUGUGUUUGCUUUCACGCUUCAUGCUUUGAGGUAUGGGAAGCGCUGGGUAGAUAUCCCCCUCGGGGGUUAUCAGAUUGUUAGUGUGUUAUUUGUUACGAGGCACAGAUAUUUUUUGACCUACUUAUGGUACACCAGUAGCUACUAUUGUUUCAAUGCGUCUGGUACACGAUCACGCCAGUAUAGAUAAUCAUCAAACCGUGGGCUGGUGUUGGCCAGCUAGUCUACACAAUCAUCUUGUCAGGGUUGUUCUUGUAGGAUAUCAAGAGCCAACCAACCAUAGCUGGGAGAGAUAGCGAAGCUGGAUUGGUAUCAGACACGAGUUCCAUGAAAGUGCCGUGGAAUAUAGUGAGCACAAGCAGUCAAAGGGUAGUCUACCACCUAA